AUGGCCAGUCCUGCCGAAAGCAAGGAGAAGGUGGGUAGUGUAGACGGCGGUGCGCUAGAGGAGAAAACUAACGAGGAUGUGGCCGCGGGAUGCGUGCAGCCUUCCUCUACAGCAAGAGCGGCUCCACCCGCUCCUGCUGCAGCUGCAGCCGCAGCCCCAGCAGCUGCUGCCUCAGCCGGGAAACCAGCACCUGGCGAAGAGCUGACCAAGGUUACGGUGUUCAACGUGGGCAAGCAUGCCACCCUGGCCCAGUUCGAGAAGAUCCUGAAGAACAACGGCGUCGAGUACAAGAGAGCGAAAAAGACUCCCUCCAUUACUCAUGGCACGCUCACAUUCGAGACGGCGGCGCAACGCGCCGUGGCCAUGGAACAGCUCGGGAAGAUCGUGGGUGCGAGGGGGGGCGAGCUCAUGUUCGCGGUGCUGGCCAGGCAGAAGCAGAACAACGACAACGGCGGGGGCAACAAGCGCAACGCGAGAGAAGGCGACGAUGAUGGCAGGGGUGGGAACGCGUCGAAACGCUCGCGUCAGGAGGUGGAGCGGAAAACGGUGGCACAGGCCACGGCAUCGCUGUACGGAGUCAAGACCUACCCCGAGCAGCUGGCUUUCAAGGAAAAGACUCUCAUGGACGACCUCUUCCUGAAGCUGCCCCUUGUCAUCAGGAACGAGUGGGACAAGAGAUUCCGCGAGUGGAAGAGGAACCAGGGGGUGAAACAGGACAGUGGUGGGGGUGCUCUCAACAAGCCGGCGGAGCUCCGUUGUCCCGCUUGGUGCAGGAUGUUCAAGCGCCGCGACGGGACCGUGCCUUUCGACGUGUCGCCCAUAGUGCCGGCUCCGGAGCCGGAGGGUUACAGGAACAAGUGCGAGUUCACCCUGAGCCUCUCCGAGGACGGGCUGGCUACGGCGGGGUUCCGUGCGGGCAGGUUCCAAGCGGGGGUACCCAUCACGGUGGAGUCGCCAAAGGAUUGUCCUCAGGUGGAGAGACGGCGCGUGUAA